GGCAAGUCCAGCAGGCACCUCAAACCCCACAACUCCACAAAGACUAUCACGUUGGAAUAGAAACCCUUUCAAGCUUAUUCAAAAACCCGUUCCCGCAAGAAUAGUAAAGUCAUAUUCAGCGACUCUUCUCCAUUGUUUGAAAGAACAUUCCACUAAAAACCUCGCGAUUCGGAGAAAUCCUCGCUCCACCCAGUCAUUAUCAUCAGAAUGGAUUCGGUCUCUGAAUCGUUAAACCAAGGCUGGAUGAGAAUCUGGGCUGGGUUUGGCUUGGGCCGACUGGCGUACGAGUUGAAUUUGCAACGGCAGUCUGACGAAACCCUUGCUGGACUCCGUUCGGCUGGAGAGAUCUUCCGAAAUAUCGAUGGCUCGGAAGAGUUGGGGCUUUUGCUCUCAGGAGCUGAGUGCAAAGUGUUUCAUAACGUCAUUCAUUGGCUGAACAAGGAAUCUCUGCGAGGCGUUGAUGAGGAGGACUACGACUACAAUGCCCAUAUAUCGGAGUGGUGCACCCUGUUUGUCCUGGCAACAAGGCUGAAGGUCUUUGACUUGGCAGACGAAGCUUUGGAACGAUACCAAACUUGCCGGAUGCCACAUUGGCAAGGCUCAUGGUUUCCCCUGCCCUCCGAAGUCGAGUACCUUUGGUACAACAGUGGCCUGUCAACCCCCAUGCGAGAUUUUGUCACCAACCACAUAGUAGCACAGCUGCUUACACAGAGGUGUCAAGCAAACCUCGGCGACAUUGCAGUUCUCCUAUCUUGUGAUGUCGGGCUAAUACUCGAUGUUCUCCGCUCUGUGCGAAGUCACCUCACAGACGAAAUAGGUGCCACCCAGUUCUGCGGAGUUGAGUACUGCUCAUACCAUCUCCAGGUAUGGACCCAGUUUGAUGUCGACGAGGUAGAAAAGGCCCCAUCGGAGUCCGAGUUCUCAGAUCAGACGGAGCCUCUACCACGGAGGGGCGACCAUGGAAUCUCGUCGGAUGACGAAGAAGCUUUUGCCGCUGCUGAGGUUUUGGAGGCACUCUCUGAGACGGGACAGACUCGAGGCUGAGUUUGGGUGGCUUUCAUAUUAUUCUCUCCGUGCUUGGACAGCAUCGUUUUAAACGGGGAAAUGAAUGACAUCUCCUCUUGGAUUUGAAAAAGCAAGCCAAACUUGAGGUUAAUUGUUGCACAUCAUCCCCAGAACACCGACCCAAUAGAGCGUUUUUUUGGGGUAGGGACCGAAGUUCAAGAAUUUGGACGUUCUAUCUAAAAUAAUAG